CUGCCCCUUCCUUCCUUCUUUUGCGCCGCUCCUCCGGGCAGAACUGCGAGAGAACGUGAUCGAUCGAAUUUCAAAAAAGGCACACACCUACCCCCUGUGCUCCCGAGAUCACGAAAUUACUCUAAAUCUCCUGAUUUUAAAUUCAGGGGUUCGUGUUUCGUGAUUUAUUCCAUUCCGUGUGUGUACCCAGAUUCCACCUCGACCCGCGAGGUAAUUACCAAGUGAACACCCUCCUCACAAAAUGUCUAACCUCGCUGAUCCGGUCGCGUUCGCGAAAGAUUUCCUCGCUGGCGGUAUCUCCGCCGCGGUCUCCAAGACCGCCGUCGCGCCCAUCGAGCGCGUCAAGCUGCUGCUCCAAGUCCAGCACGUCAGCAAACAGAUCGCCGCUGACCAGCGCUACAAGGGUAUCGUCGAUGCUUUCGUCCGCAUCCCCAGGGAGCAGGGGCUCCUGUCCUUCUGGCGUGGUAACUUCGCUAACGUCAUCAGAUAUUUCCCCACCCAGGCGCUCAACUUCGCCUUCAAGGACAAGUACAAGCAGGUGUUCCUCGGAGGCGUAGACAAGCACACGCAGUUCUGGCGCUACUUUGCGGGUAACCUUGCGUCCGGUGGUGCCGCCGGCGCGACCUCCCUGUGCUUCGUGUACCCCCUUGACUUCGCCCGUACCCGUCUCGCCGCCGACGUCGGCAAAGGCGACGGACAGCGUGAGUUCAAGGGUCUCGGAGACUGUCUUGGCAAGAUCUUCAAGUCCGACGGUCUGAUCGGUCUGUACAGAGGCUUCGGUGUCUCCGUGCAAGGUAUCAUUAUCUACCGUGCUUCAUACUUCGGAUUCUACGACACAGCCCGUGGCAUGCUGCCCGACCCCAAGAACACACCAAUCGUCAUCAGCUGGGCCAUCGCGCAGACUGUCACCACCGUCGCUGGUAUCAUCUCGUAUCCCUUCGACACCGUCCGUAGGCGCAUGAUGAUGCAGUCUGGCCGUGCCAAGGCUGACAUCCUCUACAAGAACACUCUCCACUGCUGGGCCACCAUCGCCAAGUCCGAGGGUACUGGUGCCUUCUUCAAGGGAGCCUUCUCCAACGUCCUCAGAGGAACUGGUGGUGCCUUCGUAUUGGUGUUAUACGAUGAGAUCAAGAAGCUUCUCUAAAUCUAAUGUAAGAAUUGUUACCAUAAUUUCAAUUUAUUGUGAUUCCAAAUCACCACAGAUAGCCACUCCCCUAAAUCUUGUAUUAUUAGACGCGGAAUUAACCUAGUAACUUAUUUUUAGUUAAUAAAAGCGUUAUACACCAAUUCCAACAAGUAUUUUGUUUUAUUAAAAUGUUAGGUAUUACAUAAUGCUUGGCUACACCUCACUGAAAAGGUUGCAUAGCUGUUCAUGUAGGUUACAUGUCAUUCAGAACUUUUUCUAAAUAUAUUUGCUUGUGAUCAUAGCUCAUCCAGCCAGUGUGUGUGUUAUGUAACAACCUCAUUUCGUUCAAUGUUUUGAGGCCAAGGUUGUUUGUACCUCUAGUUACUGUCUAACUAACACUAAUUAUCUAAAAUGUUGGAAUAGAGAACUUCAUUAGUGAAUAUUUAUUGUGAAAAUAGUAGAUUUUCACUUAUUGUUAUGUGGUUAUUUAAUCAAUACUUAACCUAUGUGGCAUUGGGAGUGAGACCUUGUACUUUAUAAUCAAGUGAUCUAAACAGGACGCUGUGAAAAUCAUGUAAAAGCUGUGGAAUCCAAAUCAUGUGAUUGAGAGCUGUUAUGUAACUAUGCAGUAUGUGUAAGUGCUAUGAUGUGUGCAUGGUGACCUAGUAGGAAUUUAAUUUUAGUUCACUUUUAAAAAGUGCUAUGCAGUGUAGUAAAUCCACAUGUAUAUCGAUAUAAUGUAACAAUUGUUACUACGAGCAGGCUCAUCGAGAUCAUCAACCCUGUGUAACAUCUUUCUUGCUCGGUAUGAAUUUUUUGGUGUGAAAAAUUCAUGCUAAGAGUAAAUUAUUAUCUAGAAAAUAAAUGUUAAAUAAAUA